UCCAGGUCCCGCGCGGGUGGGAGGAGAAGGCGUCACUUCCGGGGGCCAUUGCCAGUGUCUAGUGGCUCCCUGCUCUCUGAUUGGGCAGAAGUGGCCCGGGCAGGCGUGUGACCCCACUGCCCUGGAGGGGCUAUGCCCCAACGCCACCUGUUUUCCUACCCAUCUGCUCCCCAGAGUGCCGCCUGCUCCGCACCUGGGUCCUGGAGCCCUUCUCCACCCGGAUAGAUUCUAGACCCUCCUCCUUGGCCCACCUGUGCCCCACCUGUGCCCCACCUGUGCCCCACCCCACUCUGCCCAGAAGUGCAAGAGCCCAAGCCGCCUCCAUGGCCUCAGGACGGAUUCAGGGGAGAGGCCCCAUACAGGGAGCCACUCCAACCAGACAGCCUGGCCAGAAUGGAGCUGACUGAAUUUCUCCUCGUGGUCAUGCUUCUCCUAACUGCAAGACUAACUCUGUCCAGCCCGGCUCCUCCUGCCUGUGACCCCCGACUCCUAAAUAAACUGCUUCGUGACUCCCAUGUCCUUCACAGCAGACUGAGCCAGUGCCCAGACGUUAACCCUUUGUCCACACCCGUCCUGCUGCCUGCUGUGGACUUCAGCUUGGGAGAAUGGAAAACCCAGACAGAGCAGACCAAGGCACAGGACGUUCUGGGAGCCGCGAGCCUUCUGCUGGAGGCAGUGAUGGCAGCGCGGGGACAGCUGGGACCCACUUGCCUCUCAUCCCUACUGAUGCAGCUUUCUGGACAGGUCCGCCUCCUCCUUGGGGCCCUGCAGGGCCUCCUAGGAACCCAGCUUUCUGCACAGGGCAGGACCACAGCUCACAAGGAUCCCAGUGCCAUCUUCCUGAGCUUCCAACGACUGCUCCGAGGAAAGGUGCGUUUCCUGCUGCUUGUAGUGGGACCCACCCUCUGUGCCAAGCGGGCCCCACCUACCACAGCUAUCCCGGGGAGCACCUCUCCAUUCCUCACACUGAACAAGCUCCCAAACAGGACUUCUGGAUUGUUGGAGACAAACUCCAGUGUCUCAGCCAGAACUACUGGCUCUGGACUUCUGAACAGGCUGCAGGGAUUCAGAGCCAAGAUUCCUGGUCUGCUGAACCAAACCUCCAGGUCCCUAGACCAAAUCCCUGGACACCUGAACAGGACACAUGGACCCCUGAGUGGAAUUCACGGACUCUUUCCUGGACCCACACCCAGGGCCCUAAGAGCCCCGGAUAUUCCUCCGGAAACUUCAGACAUGGACUCCCUGCCACCCUACCUCCAGCCUGGAGAGUCUCCUUCCCCAGCCCAUCCUCCUCCUGGACAGUACACACUCUUCUCUCCUUCACCGACCUUGCCCAUCCCCACGGUCCAGCUCCAACCCCUGCUUCCUGACCCCUCUGCUAUCACACCCAACCCUACCAGUCGUCUUCUAGUUGCAGCCCACUCUCACUUCCGGAAUCUGUCUCAGGAAGAGUAAGGUACUCAGGCACUGCCGACAUCAGCAUGGCCUCCCAAGUACAAUCCCCUUACUCGGAGGAGAGGCCCUGGGAGACAACUGCAGCUAUACAGGCAUACCUCAUUUUACUGCGCUUCAUUUUAUUAUGCUUUACAGAUACUGCAUUUUUUACAAAUUGAAGGCUUGUGGCAACCCUGUGUUGUCAGAUGAUGGUUAGCAUUUUUUAGCAAUAAAGUAUUUUUGAAUGAAGGUAUGUACAUUGCUUUUUUUUUUUUUUAGACAUAAUACUAUUAUGGUUAAUAGACUACAAUAUCAUGUAAACAUAACUGGGAAACCAAAAAAAAAACAAAAAAUUUGUGUGACUCGCUUUAUUGUGAUAUUCACUUUAUUGUGGUGGUCUGGAACUGAACCCGCAAUAUCUCCGAGGUAUGCCUUUACCAGAUUUCCUGCUUUCACCUGAAACCCAAAGCCCUGGUGAAGGGAGACAUGCAGGACAGAAAAAGUAUAAUUUUUUACUACAUGCCAUAAAACUACAAAAGCUAUUUUUUUUAACUAUUAAUAAUGUUCACCAGAGCAGUUAGUUAUCUCUGGUCUAUUUUCUGCACAAAUUUAUAACUUACUA